UCCACUCCUGCUCCUGCAGACUCCUCCUAUCUGGGGUAGAAGAGCAUUCUCUGGUGUUCAGCACUCCCUGGAAAGCUCCUCUUUUUCCACUCACCACCUUCAACCAGAAGAUGGUGCUCAGGCCCACAACUGCAGCAUUUCUGAGCAUGAAUAUGACUGUCACAGCCUGGGAGACCAAUCUCACAACAACAUAUGGAAGUGUUCAGGCCGUUCAUCAACAUUAUACAGAGAUCAUAAUUCUGCAAAUACUGACGGUCAUCGUGGGCCCGGUGGGGUUGGCAGGGAACGCGGUGGUGCUCUGGCUCCUGGGCUUCCGCAUGCAUAGGAAUGCCUUCUCUGUCUACCUCUUCAACCUGGCCGGGGCCGACUUCCUCUUACUCUGCUGUCUAUUUAUACGUGCCCUAGGUUUACUUUUUGACUUGAGUUUUGACAGUACAGUAAUGGGCGGCUUUGUCUUUGCUGUGUCAGUCUUUGCCUACAUCUCAGGCCUAGGCUUUCUCAGCGUCAUCAGCACGGAACGCUGCAUGUCUGUCCUGUGGCCCAUCUGGUACCGCUGCCUCCGUCCCAGACACCUGUCCCCUGCCCUGUGUGCCCUGCUCUGGGCCCUGUCCCUGCUGCUGAGCAUGCUGGAAGGGUACUACUGUGGCUUCCUGAUUAGCAAUAUGCAUGAAGUUUGGUGUUCAGUCUUGGAUUUCAUCACUGUGGCGUGGCUGAUUUUGUUAUUUGUGCUUCUAUCUGGGUCCAGCCUGGCCCUGAUGACCAGACUGUUGUGUGGCUCCCACCGGGUGCCACUAACCAGGCUCUAUGUGACCAUCGUGUUCACAGUGCUGGUCUUCCUCCUCUGUGGCCUGCCCUUCGGCAUCAUCUGGUUCCUCUUAUUCUGGUUUCGAAGUGAUUCAAAGACGGUCUUCUGUCUUUACCUGAUUGCAAUACUCCUGUCCUGUAUCAACAGCUGUGCCAACCCCAUCAUUUACUUCUUCGUUGGCUCCUUCAGGCAGCGAUGGUGGAAACAGAGACACACCCUGAGGCUCAUUCUUCAGAGGGCUCUGCAGGACACUCCUGAGGUGGAUGAACCUGGUGAAAGCCUUCCUGGGGAAACCCUGGACAUGACAGGAAGCAGUCUGGUACAGGGAUGAGAGCCUCUGUUCUGUUCAGUAUGAAGUAAUUUUGGGACUCACUGCUGCCCUGCCAGGGUUGGAAAGUAUCUAGUCUUCUCUCAGCCUCAGCCUCAGAAUGCUUCGGUGAUCCUCUAGUCUCUUCAAAUGGGUUGUUUUUAAUCUGGCUGCUCUACUUUUUCUCAUUAAUCUGAAAGUUAUGCCUCACCACCAUUCCUGACAUUACCAAUAAAUUUCUCAUGUAAUUGGCCUCUGAAUUUCUUUAUUGAAUGCUUUUCUUUGCAAGUGGGUCAGGAAAGGCUUCUUGAAAUGCUUGGCCUUUGAACUGAUAACUAUAAUUUACCUAGUAAGUACCCUCUGUCACAUGAGCCAGCCACACCAACCUUUUAAGACAGGCAAGGAAAGAUAAACAAGAACUGGACAAAUAGAAAUUGGAAAAGAAGCAUUUAUUGUGUUAUUGCUAAUAAAAGUACAAAGGUUGUUUAGAAAAUGAUGACCAGUGUGCAAACAAGUUUCAUUCCCUUUGACACCCCAAAUAUAUGGUCACAGUUGCUAGAUCCCUUUUAAGAAGGAUCAGCCUGGCCCGUGUAGCUUAGUGGUUGAGUGUUGACCUAUGAACCAGGAGGACACAGUUUAAUUCCUGGUCAGGGAACAUGCUCAGGUUGGAGUCUCAGUCCUCAGUGGAGAGCAUGUACGAGACAGCCAAUGAAUGAUUUUCUCUCAUCACUGAUGUUUCUAUUUCUCUCUCCCUCUCUUUUCCUCUCUCUGAAAUAAAUUUUAAAAAAAAAAUUUUUAAUGGAUCAUUGGCUAAAGUGCAGUGAGUAAUGAGCCAUGUCUCUUGUAGCUUUAUAGUGUCGGGGGUUGGCAUAAGUUUUGCAAAAUGAGUUAGAGUCAGCUCUACAAUACUGUCAAGUCCAGACAUCGCCAGCAAGGUCACCCAAGCAGGACAAACCAAAGAGGAAAUUCCUGCUCUCCUGACAAUGAAUCUAGGAUAUGUCCAACCCUACAGGGUCGGAAACCGCAUCUAAAAACAACAGGCCAGUGGAACAAGGACAAGGGUUGGAGGAAGUGGGAAGGGAGAAACAAAAGAAUGCACCCUCUUUUGGACAAGUCUUUUAGCCUGCAAAAGGCCACAUUGGAGCAGGAGAGAUGGCUUAUCUUUAAAUUAAACUCAAUGUUUUAUGCCUCAUAUAAAACUUCAAUUCUAAUUGCUCACAGCUUUGAUAUGGAUGAUGGCAUAAGAGUUGGUAACCAAUUAUCAGAAAUCUCGUAUUUAAAUUCAGCAUGAUAUCUCCUAUCUCUUUAGAAAUAUAGUAUCUAUAGUAUCUUGAUAUUUAGAUCUGAGCUGUUUAAACAUCCUGUUAUACAUGUGAGAGAAUAAUGCAUAUCAAUUUCAGAUGUUCUGAAGAGAUCAGUGAGCGAAAGUUAGGCCUUUAGUUACCUGCAAAAUUUUAUUUUUUCAUUUUAAAGAGAUAUUAGAAGCAAAUAAGAUAAAUUUUUAAUAAAUAUUUAAAUUUAAUGGUGGUUGUGUGAAUGCUUAUUAUAUUAUCUCAGGGCCUACAUGCCUAGUUUACAAUCUUCUUUCCAGCAUAAACCUUGUUCUCAUUCUUGGGAACUGCAAUAUCCAUAUAGGUAGUAAAUCCAAGUUUUUCAAUCUGAUUAAUUAUAGACCAACAAGUUGCAAAAUUACUGCAGAGAGUUCCUCUCUGCCUGUCACCGAGCCUCUGCCAAUGGUUACCUUUUACACAAAUACAGAACAUUUUCAAAACCAAAAAAUUGACCUGGGUAGAAUACAGUUAUUUACACUACACAUCUUACUUAUAUCUCACCCAGUUUCACAUGCACACAUUUUUAUUGUGUAUAAUUCUAGGACAUUUUAUCACAUGUAUAGAUUCAUGUAAUCAUAACCAUAUUCAAGAUUUGGAACUGUUUUUUGUCACAGAAGAGUCCUCUUGGGCAACUCUUUGUAGACACACCCAACCUGUGCCCCUUCCAAACUCUUGGCAACCACUGAUCUUUUCUCCAUCUCUAUAAUUUUGUCAUUUCAAAAAUGUUAUAUAAAUGGGAUCAUACAGUAUUCAGCCUUUGAGUUUGACUUUUUUCAUUCAACACAAUGACCUCAAGAUCCAUCCAAGAUGUUGCAUGAAUCAAUAGUUUGUUGUUCAUUUUUUAAAUUACUGUGUUGUAUUCUAUAGUAUAGAUGUAUUACCUUUGUUUCACUAUUCACAAGUGGAAGGACAUUUGGUUUGUUUCCAAUUUUAUUAUUAUAAAUAAAAUUUCUA